AUGUCUGGACAAUCAUCACAAAAAGGGGGGGUUCUUGAUACUUCAGAAUUACCUCAAUCUACACCACUUUUAAUUGGAAAAUUGCUGAGUCAACGAAAGUUUUUCAUGAACAAAAGUUCUCAUGUCGAACGUCUAGACUCAUCUUCGAUUUCAUCUAAUUCGACAAUUUUUUUGAGUCACUGCGAUGACGUUGAGUAUGUCGUGGAUUCUGCUUGUACGAAAAUUAUGAUUGAGGAAUGUAAGAAUCUCUCCUUGACCGCUAAUGAGAAAAUCAUUACUUCAACUAUUGAAAUAUGGAAAUCACAAAAUGUUACACUCAAGCUUAAUACUCAAGUUCAAACAGUUCAAGUUGAUCAAUGUCAGAAUGUUAAUCUUCAGUAUGAAGAUCCUCAAAACUUUCAUUCGGUUGUUUGGAAUAAUAGUGAUCAACUUUGUUUGAAAAUAUUGGAAGCUGGCGAAGAAAAACACGUGUUGUCUACCGGUGAUUCUUUCGAACAGCCUACCACUACAGAAGAAUCUGUAACUCAAGAAGCUCCAGGAGAUAAAGAACAGAUAAAACUUAAACCUUAUCAAUAUAUUGUUAGGUUAAUUGACGAUAAACUGGUUACUGAAAAGCUUAUUCGUGCUGAAAAAGGGUUUCCAAUUACCCAAAGAGAAUUAGAUGAAUGGAGAGUUAAAAAUAAUAUUACUUCAUAA